CUUUCACUUUGUUGUAACGCAGAUGGACGUUUGUAAAUGACAUACGGGAUUCUCAUCCACAAUGAGCGAAAAUCGACGAAAACAAGAAAUUCGCCAACGACCUGUUUUGCAGGAUGACGUCACGUUGAGCAUCGUGGAGAAAAGUUUAAACGAAAUGGCUGAUGACGCUGAGCCCGGGAAAAUUCAAUGUGAGGCUACGUUACUGGACGAAAGUCUGUUGAGUAUGGAGAAGCUCGAUAGAACUUCUCCAGAACUGUGGCCUGAACAAAUUCCUGGUGUUUCUGAGUUUGCUUCAUACUCCAAGACUACAAAUUCAUCGCCUCAGCCGUGGACAAAAGGAUUGGACAACAAUGAUUUGAACCUCUUGAAUCAUUUAAGUAGUUUGACUGCUACCGAAAUGAUAGCCGAGGUGAAGAAAUUGCACGACAUUGCUUAUCAACUUGGCAGAGAGGAGGCUAAAGAAAUGACCCGAGGAAAAUAUUUAAACAUCUUGCCUCGGAGAAGACGAUAACAUUGUUGUAACAGUUGUUGUUGAAGAAGAUUAUAUGUUGCAUGUAAAAUUAAUGAUUUAGCUAACAAAGUUUGUAAAUUGAACUAUUUUAUUUGUAUUCUCACUUACAUUACGUGUUUAUUACAUGUAAAGAUAUUUUCAGAAAUAUUUCAACAAAAUUUUAUGAAGUGUUUGUAUAUUUGAGUUUUAAGUAACACAAGAUUGUGUUUGUUUUUUGAGAUAAAUUAUUGACUGUUAAAAUUGUUGUAGUAUUGAUUUAUUUUACCUUCUAAUCAUUGGUGUGAUCCACAGAUAUCAUUCAAAACCUCAUAACUCAUUUGUAUGGCCAUUCUAGUUUGAGAUGACAAAUAUGAUAAAAUUGAAAAUCUCUGCGCUUUGCAGGAAAAUAUAGGGGGGCGGGAGGUAGGAAUCAUGGUACCUCAGAUCUUGGCAAGGAGACUCCACGGUAUGGAAGCGAAAGUUCAUCUUGAUGGCAGUUCCUGUGAAAUACAUUUUUUUUUCCCCCACCUUUUUACAUCUCCAAGCUAUCUGGGAAUCAAAUCCAGGUGUCAGUAAUAAUUUUAGGUGUUUUAAUAAUUUAAUGUAUGGAAUAUCCAGAAGACCAAAAAAAAAAAUUGUCUAGGACCAACUAAUAUAUUUGUAAAAAGCACACAAAAAGCAAACCAAGCUGUUGCAAAUACACACUUCUGUUGUUUUUGUGCACAGUUAUUUUCUCAUAGAACGUGAACUGAAUUUCUCCUGGGUGUUGUAAGAAAGGUCAGGGAGCAGACAUUUGACUUCGGUUGAUAGGGGGACCAUCACUUUUAUCAGUUGCCCUGCCCCGCCUGGUUCGCUGGGGAAGUCCCACAGAUGCAAGAUAGCAGCAAGCUAGGGACCUUGUUGUAGUACAGCGACUCACUACUGCUCUCGCUGCAUGUCGAGAACUUCUCUCUCAUCUGCGAGCAACUGCUGACGUAAGUCACUGGAACAGUUGUCAUAUAUAUAUAUAUAAAAAAAAAACAAGACAUGGUUAGCAUUUCCAAGUUGUUGGCAAGCAGCAUGUGGGUGUUUAUGAUGAUGGCUACUCUACUGUCGUCAGGAAAUUCCUUACCUGCUCAGAUAAAUCUCCCCGUGAAUACCGUAAUUAUCUUUCCAAGACGUUUUAGAGAGCGAAAGUUUAGAGGACGUUUUCGGAAGGUCUUAUGAGGAUUGAAUUAACAGGAUCUCUUGCAACAAUGAUGGCAGGAUGAAGAAAUACAUGAAUACCACAAAGAAUUUAUUAGCAUGCUGCUAUGUUAGUCAAAAUUGUAUGGGUAACUUUAUACACUUGUUUAACAAUUUUCUCAAUAUUAAUUUUAAUUAAAAAGUCUACAAAGAAUAACAUACCUAAUUUUUUUUUUCAACUUUCAAAUAUACACACUUUUUUUAGUAUUAUGCUAAAAAUAUAUUCACUCUUUUUAAAUAAAUAUGUCAGUGAUUUUAGCAGUACGCAAAAAACAUUAGCUUACAAACACGAAUCAACUAAUUAAUAACCUGUGAAUAUAUAAAAUAAUUUAUUACAUUAUACAUUUUAUUAUGGUGUUUUUUUGUUCUGUACACAAUUUUAUUGAAUUCCUACAUGUUAAUGUAUAAAAUAUCACAUAGCAACUGCAAAAAUAUACAUUAUUAUUAUUACUAUUUAAGUAUUUAUAAAACUAUGGUACAAUAUACAGCAAAAUUAUAAGUGCUUUAUUAUUUUCAUGAAGACAUUUUGAUCUUCAGAGAAUUACAUUAAUUUUUAAACUACAGCAAAACAUAACUGUAACAAGUAAAUUAUAAAACUAUCUAUGGAUGGAUGAAUAAAUAUGAAUUGAUGUUCUUUUCAAACAGGCAGAUUUGCUAUGCAUUUCAAUUUUAAUUUUGUUAUGAUUUCAAUAAUUACACACAAUCUUAUACAAAUUACAAGCAAGAAAAAUGCUAUUUACCUGUGAUGCAUAUUGUUUUCUACUAACAAAUAUAUGGAUGUCAAAUUGUUCAUUUGCAUACAAUCACUGGCAGGUCAAAGUGGUCCAAUGGAUGGCCAAUAAUUAAGGGUUAUCAAUUCCGCAAAUCAGUUCUCGCAGUAUGAAAUGUGACAAAUUUUAUGCUAACUUUCAAAUUUAACGUGGCAGAUUGUUCUUUAAUAUUUAACAGCUCUAAGCAAUUGUAUUCACUUGACAUCAAAAGCAACAAAAUAAACAUUACAGAGAACUGUUCUUAUAAAAUGAAAUUAAAAUAUUUUCUCCCAAUGUUCUCACCACGAAAUUAUGGUUGCUAGUGGUACAUAGUUACUGUAGUUUGAACACAGUAGGCAUUUAACUAAUGCAGCAUUCAUAUUGAUUUCUGCUUAGAAAAUGUAUGAAUUGUACAAAAUUGUGCAGUUUAUAAAUGUAAUAAUAAUAAUAAUAAUAAUGAUGCCAUAUUGACACAAAUACCAAACACAUGUACAAGUACACAGUAAUCCUCAUUUCUAAUAGGAGUUUAAUUAGUGUGAAUCAGUAUUAAGUUACAUAAAAUAUGAACCUGUACAGUGAUAGUGAGCAAAGCACCACAAACAAGACUUAGAAAGUGUUAUGCACCAAUGGGUAAUGUGUACAUUUUCAUUACAAAUAACUUCUUUCAAAUUAAUUACCUUAAGUUUUAGUUUGCUUAACUAUGAAGGCCGAAACUCAUGGACGUAAUCGAGAGGUUUGGCACCGUAACAGGUGCUUUGUCUUUAACAAAUAAUUCUUCUCCAAAAUCCUUCACUAAAGUUAUGAACAAAGAUCACCUCAGUCACUUGAAUACAAAUUGAGAUAAGUUUACACAAUUAAAUUUGCUGCAAAUUGCAAUCAACUCCUCCAACAGUAAUCAGUUCGCCACGCGAACAGUACUUAUUUUGGUACGAAACACAACACUAAAACAGUUCCACUUUACUCAUAAACAAUAAUGUUUGCUCAACACUAACUACAUGUUCAAAGUUAAUAUUAGUGAACAAAAUUAAUCGUGCAGUUAAUGAAAUUCCUUCAAGAUGAGAUGAGGGUUUUUUUUUUUUUUUAUCUUCCAAGCACUACAGUGUUGAAGUAGCGCGUGCAGU